UAGUUCGCUUUGGUUUUUCUAUUCAUUGAGAGUGUAUAAUACUUUUCUAAUUAUUAUAAAAUGUUCUCAGCAAAGUCGUUACUAAUCGUCAACGUGCUUUUCGUAGCAUGUCAAGCACUCGCGCUAGAUUACCCUGAUAAUGAAAUAGCACCAAUUGAAGAUGCAUUCGAUUUGGAAAAGGAUAAUACCGUUAUAGUGCAAGGCGUUGACAAUAUUGACAACUUUCAAAAGGAACAUCCUGAAUUAACCCUAGAAGAAUUGGAUGUGUUGAGUAAUGUUCGCGGACAAAUGGUUUACACCCUUGGGAAUAGAGCUGCAGGCGAUCGAUUGGUUGGAAAAGCUGCCAGAAAACAGACAUGGUCUACGAAACAGAACGUCAAAAUACAGUUGACUUACCCUAGUCGAGGAGUUGGAGCAAUGGUGACUUAUGUUCACAUUGUUGUGAAUCAGUCAACCAAGUUGGGACGGGCCUACGUUGUAAAAGGCGGACUUCAUCAACACCAAAUAGGCAUCGUAGUUGAAGCUUAUAAAACCAAAUUUGUUGAUUAUCAUGUUGAAAUUUACGGAAUUUAACUGUGCUACAAAAAUGUAAUCGCGACUCUCACAUUCAUUAGUGAGAGUCCUUAUUUUUUGUGCUCCACAGAUAAGAUCGGUCAUUUUGUUAUUCCUACUAAAUAAGUGAUUUUUCAUCUAAUUGUAAUUCAGGAUAAUAUUGAACACUUUUUAGUGAAACCUCAUACAUUGUAACAAAUGCAUAAUUUUUAUAAAUACCAAAAAUGAUAGUUAAGCAAUUAAAACUGAAACACCAAAAUGAAGUGUUUACAUAAAGAACUUGUGAAUAUGAUAAUUCGAAAAAUUUCUAUUAAAUAAGAUAAAUAAAUAUUUUAGUUGGUUAAAUUUA